AACAUGUGGUACUUUCCCGGUGUCGAAUGUAAAGAUUUUAUCGAACACCUUACCAAUUUAACGAAUAAAACUUUUCCCGAACUACACCUGAGAGAAGAUUUGAAUUUCACAAGCUACGACGAUUUCCAGAUGACUUUAGUAAACAUGACCAACGUAAUUUCACAAUACAACGCAAGUAUCCAAAGCCAGCUAGACAGAGAACUUGACUAUCUCUGUGCUCCUGCAAAGGAACUCGGAGUUCCGUGCUAUUAUCCAAAUGCUUGUUUUCAAGGAACUUUCAGAAAUGAUGCCACAUUUUUCUGUCAUUUGCGGAAUGCCAAUUCACUCUUGAAAGAUUUGAAGCUACUUUUAACGCAGAUGGUAACAACUCACAGUUUUGAAAACACCACCAUUGACAACGAUUUAUUGGUCAAGUCAGAUAUCCCUUUGGUAUGGAGCCGAUGGUUUUCAAUGGUCACUCUCUAUCAUCUACAAAAUCUACUUAAUCAAGUGGACAACAAGCUUCGAUUAAAAUUUUAAUAAAAUAAUUCCGAUGUGUGAGCGCGCGCGCGUGUGUAUUGUUUGAAAAUUAUGUAUUUAUCAUUUUAAAUUAAUAUUUAUAUAUAACUUAAAGCGAGCUCCGUACAAGUGGCAAGAAACGGCCAAUCAUUUCCGCGAUGCGGAAUUAAUAGUCUACACUCUGUCACUUCCCCUACGCUGCUAAUACCCCUGGGAAAGGUAUGAACGCUACCGUUUCCACAUCAGAUUUUUUCUGAAAACAUAUAGGGCAUAUGUUUGUUAUUGAACGUCGAGAAAAAAAAGAUCAAUAUUUAUAUAAUUUAUGUUAUGAAUGAAAAGAUAUAUUUUUGUAAAUCAAUUUAUUAACUAAUAAUAAAUUUACGUAAAUCAAUUCA